AUUGACGAUGGAAACAGGCAGUUUUACCUCCUCAGUGAAAUGUGACGAUAUCGGCAUUGAUGAGUCCAUCGUGGACGUUGUAAAAACAGGCGCCCUGACGGCGUUUCCUCCCGUAGUGCCUCCUGUCACCAGGCUCGCAUCGGUGAGGUCCGGCUACAGCGGAGACGCCGCCGUUUUGGUCUGCAGUGCCUACAACUUCUACCCCCGGCACAUCAGACUGACCUGGCUGAGGGACGGAGUCGUCGUCCCCGACCCUGCAGGUGCGGUCAUCACAGAGAUGCCCGGCGGGGCCUGGCGCUACCAGAUCCACUCACAGCUAGAAGUGACCCUGAACACAGCGCCCAACAUCAGCUGCAUGGUGGAGCACGCAGGGCUCCGGCAGCCACAGCUGCUGCGCCUCGGUAGGCCUCAGCGCUACACGACAAAAUACUUCCAGGACAAAGUUUCACUCUUAGUGCACAUAUCUGCCGAAUAA